AUGGAAGUCACGAGCUCGGGUCGUUCCGAGAGGGAGAAGAAUGGAGGAAGAGAAGCUCUGGCUCGGGGAAACCCCGAUUGCACAUGGUGCUCUUUUCACCUCGCGGGUCCACCGUCAGACACCGAUCAGAUAGAAGCGCGAAAUCGGGUUGAUUUCGACGAAUUCCUCCUUCAAUUUUUCCCACGCUCUGCCCUAGAAACGAAAGAGAUGCAAAGAGAGACUGAGGAAAAUCGCUGCCUGCGCUGUUCUGGCAAGAUGGAGCGCGAGAGUUGUCGCCACGGCCAAAAAGAUGGAUUCGCUUGGUGUCCUCCACUCUCAUGGAGCCUCAUCGCCUCGCCAUUCAAUCUUAGGAACAAUGACGUCGUGGAUUUCCUUUCACUCCCUGCGGAAUGCCAGCGUUCGGAACGGAUAGCCUUUGACAGAAAUAAGGCGAUGAGGAAUGCGGUCGAACGACUGUCGCAGCGAGAAGUUGAUGAGAAGCGAAGGAUGAUGGCGGUGUUGGGAGGUGGGAGCUCGAACAUCACGACACCUUUCGCGUCCCACCGCCUUGCGGUGGUGCAGAACACCUUUCGGCUCCGGCUGCGGCUCAUCUUCGGCGUCUACCCGCUGACGCUUGCGGGUAUGGUCCUUGUACAUCACCCACUUCUCGUCCCCGUGACGACGUCGUCGAGCCGGUCGAAGCGCCGUCGGCGGGAAAGAAGCGCACAGAUCAAAUGGUUUCCGGACUCGAACCGAGCGAAACAAUUGAAGCAGCAUAUCCUCACUGAUGACUCCUUCCCCAAACGCCCGGCACAGACGGAGAUGGGCGUCGGCUUCCUGCUCUCCCAGACGGAACUCAUAGAGGAGGCAGUUGCGGAGGUGGUCACGGUCAAGGUCGAACUUCUGGCUCGUACUUGGCGGGCGUCAAUUCCUCAUUGGAGAUCAGUGGCCGAGAAAGGAACGGUGAAAAAUGUUUUCGUCGGUUCUCGCUUCCGGUGCUUUGAGUGCAUCGUCUGCGGUGGCGUCCUCCAGCAACUCUUCGUCCUUUUCGAGCGGCGGUAACUGCAUCAAGCAUGAAGAAUUCGAUUAUGUGGUUCGCGAGGCUGAGGUGUAUCUCUUCACCCGUCCUGUGAAUGCCGCUCCGAAAGCAGAAUCUCCCGAGUAUCGUCACUGGG